CCCAACAAGUCUAUAUACCCUACGUCGGUAGCAACCAUAGACCAUGGUGUGCACUCGGACGACAGACAUGGUGCUGGUCACGGCUGUGGCCCUUGCCGUCGUCACGUGCCUGCUGACGGAUCAUGUCGCCUCCUACACCUGUGAUGUGGGCUUUGACUUUGUCCUCGGCUUCCAGGAGCGGACGUGCAUGGGCGGAGGCUGGAACGGAACAAGCAAGCCGCCGCCCACCUGCGCCGAGGUCUCGUGCCCGCCGCUCCCGGUGCUGCUUGACGGGACCACGACCUGUACCGGGGCGUCGAACGCGAUCACGCCCGGUGCGUUUGACGAGACCUGCUCGUUUGCUUGUGAUGACGGCUUCACCCUCCUCGGCUCGACGGCGCGGACGUGCACGUGGACGCCCGACUUGGGAUCGAUGUGGACCGGCGCCACACCGCCGUUCUGCUCGGCGUUCAACAUCACCAACUCGUUUGUCACUGGCCUCGUCCCGCAAUACACCGUGGUUGCCGGUGACACCAUCGGCCCAUUCCAGAUGACCAUUCGCGACUCCCUGGUCCAGCCGGUCGAGACUGGGCUUGACGUGCCGCAGGCGUACGUCUCGGCGCCGGCCGAGCUUGCCUCGCUCGACAACUUGGUCACGGUCUCCACCUACACUACCAACGGUAUAUACGAUGUGACGAUGCGGCCGCCGACGGUUGCGGGCUUUACGUACACGCUUCAGCUCGCUGUCAACAACGUCGACUUUGUGCUCGGAACUACUGCCGUCGACGCCGAGGUCGUGCCCGGCCCAGCGUCGGCAGCAGCGUCAACUCUCGACGAUCUGCCCGAUACGGGCACGCUCUCACUCGAGACGGCGACGGUGGUGACAUACAGUGUCACGCUCCGCGAUGCGUACGACAACGAGGUGACAACACCGCCGCUGGCGUCAGCUGUGUCGAUUGCGAUGCGGCUCGGCGUCAAGACGACGCCGGUGACAUCGUUUAGCCUUGCCGGCUCCAAGCUCUCGUUCAGCGUGCUUGUGGCCGAGGGUGGAACGUACACGCUGCGGAUCCAGGUCGGCGGCGAGGACAUUCUCGGCUCGCCGUAUGUGGCGCAGGUCUCAACGACGUGUCUUCCCGGAACGCGAAGUGUCGGGUCCGGCACUACUGGGGCAUGUGUUCCGUGCGGGGUCGGCACCUACUCGGAGACGCGCAACGCUGCGUUUUGCACGGCAUGUCCCGAGUUUAUGCGCGCGCCCGAGGGAUCGGCGUCGUGGAUCAACUGCACCUGCCUCACCACAUACUGGUUCGGACCGAACGGCCAGGUCGAGGGCCAGGGCUGUGUUCCGUGUCCGUUUGGUGCGGUUUGCGCCGGCGGCCACGAGCCGCCACGGCCGGGCCCCGGCUUUGAGCUCUCGGACGACGGCAGCUCGUUUGUGGCAUGUCCGCGUCCGGCGUCGUGUGCCGGCAACGGAGUCUGUACCGAGGGCUACCGCGGGCGGCUGUGCGCCGAGUGCACCAAGGGCUGGUACCAGUUUGGCGACGGAUGCCGCAAGUGCAAGGGAUCGAACGCGCUGAUCAUUGUGUGCCUGGUGCUGGCAGUGUUUGGAUUUGUGGCGGCCGUGGUGUGGAUCAACAUGCGCAACUCCAAGGUGUACGGGUAUGCGGCGUUUGUCAUUGCGCUCAACACGCUGCAGGCUGUGGCGAUCUACGGGACGAUCCGGCUGGAGUGGCACCCGCUGGUGCGCGGGGUGUUUGACGUUGUCUCGCUGGUGAACCUCAACCUCGACCUGGCGUCACCCGAGUGCGGAGUGGACGUCGGCGACGUGUGGAUGUUCAAGUGGGGCAUGACGAUGGCGCUGCCGAUCCUGUUUCUGUUUCCGUUUGCCGUGGUCACCCUCGGGUACAUCGGACUGCGAAACGUGAUGCGGAGGUGGCAGGCCUCGCGCGAUGCCGACAGCGUGUACGGCAACAAGCGCUCGCUGUGCUCCCUCGAGUGGGCGGUGGUGUACGCGGCCGGGCGUGGGUACCUGCAGACGAUCCUGCUGCUGUAUCUGCCGCUGAUGUACGCGGCACUGCGGUAUGUGGACUGCACCGAUGUGGGCGGCGGGAUCGUGGUGAUGACGACCAACCCGCAACGGCGGUGCUACACAUCGUCAUGGUACACGCUGCUGCCACUGAUUCUGACUGUGGCGCUGAUUGUGGGAACGGCCAUUCCUGUGCUGCUGGGCAUGUUCCUGAAGCGCAAGCAGGCGGCGUUGGAUGAGGUGACGUUUGCGUCCAAGUACGCGUUCCUUGUGGCCAAGUAUCGGAGCGACCUGUUCUGGUACGAGCUCGUGAUUCUCGGGCGCAAGCUCGGGGUUGUGGUCUCUGUGUGCGCAUUCUCGUCGCCAACAGUCAAGGCGACGAUGGUCGCGCUGAUGCUACAGUGCGUGCUAGCGUACGCGCUGCUCACUCAACACUACCCUUAUGCUGAGUGGCACCACAACAUGAUGGACUUUGCUACCUUGCUUGGCUCUGUGGUGCUGCUGUGGGGCGGGACCAUCACGUCGUCGCGGGUUCUGCGCGACGGAGUUGUGAUCGCAGCGCUGGUGGCACUGCUGGGAAUUGUGUGCGUCGGAGUGGUCUACGAGCUGUGGCGAAUCAGGCAGCGCGACCAAGAAGAGGUCGAGUUUGUCUUUGAGAACAUCGAGUUCGAAGGAGCCGGCAUGGAGUCCGGGGUCGAGAUGAUGACAGUCGGGCAUCAUGCAGCCAUGGACUUUGAGAGCGUACAUGAGAGCGAUGUCGGAUCGAUGAUGAACCCAGCGUUCGAGUCGAUGCACUUUGGCGGACUUGACUCGGUGAUGAGUGCUGAAGGGAUGGGCAACAGCAACGCGAGGCAGGCGGACAACGAAAGUGAGGAUGGGUGCCUGAUGGUCCCUGGCAACUCCAUGGCCUUCCCAGUCUCGGCGUACAACUCAAUGUCGUCGUGCGGGCUCGACUCUCUCAACAACUCAGCCACAACGGUUGAUCCGAUGAUUGGCUCUGUUACUCAAAUGCAGCCGUCGGGAAAUGGGGCUAUGUAUCGCACCGUAUGUGUUGGCCUUGAUGCCACCAAGCUCCUAACUGCUCUCAACCUUGGGACAAUCUACACCAACCCGGCAGACAACUUCUAUCCGCUCAUCCUCCGCCACUCGUUUAUCACCCCCUCCUUCUCGGCACUCAUCGGCUUUGACUCGACCGCGGCGUGUGACUCAGUCUCUUCGCCGGUUCCCAUCCGCGGCUCGUACUUUUGGUACGACACCCCGAUCCCCGUCUCAGAGAUCGGCUCCGCCCGCACGUUGUGCAUUUCAAACGACAUGGGCGAGACGUGGCAAUCCCAGACUGUGACGCUCAACAUCGCGCUCGGCCGGCCGCAUCCGACGUCGUACACUUUGCUCACGCCGGCAAGCGCGCUAGCCGGCGAGGCGACUAUGAUGACGCUUGGAGCAACCGAUGCAGCGUACAUCGACGGAAGCGGGCAGAUCUCGUUUGUCGACCCAGCAAGCUACGAUCCUGCGGCCUGUCCGGGCUUCUACUACGCCCCGACUGAUGCCUGCUUCUGGAUUCCAGAUUACAGGAUCUCGUCCCGCAAUUCCGCGCUUGCCAAGUGCAUGGCCCAGGGUGGCUUCCUUGUCGACUCGCUCGAUGCUGACGAGUGGUCCGCGUACUUCGCCUGGUCUGCCACCCAGGACUAUCUGUGGGAUAACCCAACUCGUGUUCUGGGCCACCUGGCUUCUGAUGUUCUCUUGUCUGACGUCGGUCCCGCUAUCUCCUACUCGCCGCUAACCCGCGACACCUCGAUGGACCGCGGGUUCUAUGACAACUGGGCGUCUGACGAACCACUAGAUGGCGAGAAUUAUUUGAUCCAGCGCGUCGGCAACGGCGGCCUGUGGAGAGCGCAUACUCUCACAUCAUCCAUGGAAAAUUACGCCUGCAUGCGCCGCGGGCCGGCACAGAUGUGCGACUUUGGUCGCGUCGCCGCUGUCUCCGCAUCGGCAUCGUUUGUCCUUCCAGAUGCCAAUCUCCGCGCUGCGGCCUCGUCGGGAACUACCACGUUCGCGGUAUGCACACGCUCGGCCGCCAACAACGCAUGGGUCCAUCAGAAGCGACUCUCGCUCACCUACGUCGUGGCUGCUCCGUCUGCGCUCCGCGGACUCACUCCGACCGUCCUCCCAGCCGCCACUCCGGUCUCGUUUGUCCUCAUCGUCGACCCGGCUCACCCCAUUCAUUCGCCCACAACCCAGAUCGGCCUCUCGACUACCGGCUGUGCUACCGUCGCGGCCUCGGCGCCCUACACGGCCUCAACCGAGAACGUGACGCUGGCAACGCCCGCCGUCGCCGGAUCAUACUCAGUGUGCAUGCGAACGUCGGCCAGCGAUGGCUGGACAGACAUGGGUCGAACCGUCGAUGUGGUGACCGCGGCAGGCACCAUCACCGCCGUCGCUCCUCCAGCUGUCGAUGCUGGAACUCGGGCUGUAGUCCGGUUUGUGGGCGCGCGGACGGUCUCUGGUGCCGGCGCGGUUGUUGGGCUGGUGGCGAGUGGCAUGGCAUGUGAGGCCGGCUCUGGCUGGGUCGCCUACGCUCCGGUCAUCGGCGGGCCGCUGGUGGAUCUCGGCGUCCUCGCCUCACCUGGAGAUCUCGAUGUGUGCUACUCGGUUGAUGGCGGAUCCAACUUUGCCAAGCAGACAGCCACGUUGGCGGUGGCCAACGUCACUAGCACAAGCGUGAGCGGCCUGGCACCAGCCAGCGCCGAAGAGUGGAUGAUCGCGGUGGUGAUGCGGUUCACGGCCGCCAACGAGCGCGCCGUCGACGAAGUCGGGCUCACCACCGACGGAUGCAACAACGUCACAAGCGCAAGCAAUGUGAGCGUGAGCGGGACUUCUGGGGUGUUUUGGCUCGAGGUCAAUGGGCAGAUAACGCCCGGAGCCUACGGAGUGUUCGCCUCCUACACCUGUGAUGUGGGCUUUGACUUUGUCCUCGGCUUCCAGGAGCGGACGUGCAUGGGCGGAGGCUGGAACGGAACAAGCCAGCCGCCGCCCACCUGCGCCGAGGUCUCGUGCCCGCCGCUCCCGGUGCUGCUUGACGGGACCACGACCUGUACCGGGGCGUCGAACGCGAUCACGCCCGGUGCGUUUGACGAGACGUGCUCGUUUGCUUGUGAUGACGGCUUCACCCUCCUCGGCUCGACGGCGCGGACGUGCACGUGGACGCCCAUCUUGGGAUCGAUGUGGACCGGCGCCACACCGCCGUUCUGCUCGGCGUUCAACAUCACCAACUCGUUUGUCGCUGGCCUCGUCCCGCAAUACACCGUGGUUGCCGGUGACACCAUCGGCCCAUUCCAGAUGACCAUUCGCGACUCCCUGGUCCAGCCGGUCGAGACUGGGCUUGACGUGCCGCAGGCGUACGUCUCGGCGCCGGCCGAGCUUGCCUCGCUCGACAACUUGGUCACGGUCUCCACCUACACUACCAACGGUAUAUACGAUGUGACGAUGCGGCCGCCGACGGUUGCGGGCUUUACGUACACGCUCCAGCUCGCUGUCAACAACGUCGACUUUGUGCUCGGAACUACUGCCGUCGACGCCGAGGUCGUGCCCGGCCCAGUGUCAGCAGCAGCGUCAACUCUCGACGAUCUGCCCGAUACGGGCACGCUCUCACUCGAGACGGCGACGGUGGUGACAUACAGUGUCACGCUCCGCGAUGCGUACGACAACGAGGUGACAACACCACCGCUGGCGUCAGCUGUGUCGAUUGCGAUGCGGCUCGGCGUCAAGACGACGCCGGUGACAUCGUUUAGCCUUGCCGGCUCCAAGCUCUCGUUCAGCGUGCUUGUGGCCGAGGGUGGAACGUACACGCUGCGGAUCCAGGUCGGCGGCGAGGACAUUCUCGGCUCGCCGUAUGUGGCGCAGGUCUCAACGACGUGUCUUCCCGGAACGCGAAGUGUCGGGUCCGGCACUACUGGGGCAUGUGUUCCGUGCGGGGUCGGCACCUACUCGGAGACGCGCAACGCUGCGUUUUGCACGGCAUGUCCCGAGUUUAUGCGCGCGCCCGAGGGAUCGGCGUCGUGGAUCAACUGCACCUGCCUCACCACAUACUGGUUCGGGCCGAACGGCCAGGUCGAGGGCCAGGGCUGUGUUCCGUGUCCGUUUGGUGCGGUUUGCGCCGGCGGCCACGAGCCGCCACGGCCGGGCCCCGGCUUUGAGCUCUCGGACGACGGCAGCUCGUUUGUGGCAUGUCCGCGUCCGGCGUCGUGUGCCGGCAACGGAGUCUGUACCGAGGGCUACCGCGGGCGGCUGUGCGCCGAGUGCACCAAGGGCUGGUACCAGUUUGGCGACGGAUGCCGCAAGUGCAAGGGAUCGAACGCGCUGAUCAUUGUGUGCCUGGUGCUGGCGGUGUUUGGAUUUGUGGCGGCCGUGGUAUGGAUCAACAUGCGCAACUCCAAGGUGUACGGGUAUGCGGCGUUUGUCAUUGCGCUCAACACGCUGCAGGCUGUGGCGAUCUACGGGACGAUCCGGCUGGAGUGGCACCCGCUGGUGCGCGGGGUGUUUGACGUUGUCUCGCUGGUGAACCUCAACCUCGACCUGGCGUCACCCGAGUGCGGAGUGGACGUCGGCGACGUGUGGAUGUUCAAGUGGGGCAUGACGAUGGCGCUGCCGAUCCUGUUGUUUCCGUUUGCCGUGGUCACCCUCGGGUACAUCGGACUGCGAAACGUGAUGCGGAGGUGGCAGGCCUCGCGCGAUGCCGACAGCGUGUACGGCAACAAGCGCUCGCUGUGCUCCCUCGAGUGGGCGGUGGUGUACGCGGCUGGGCGUGGGUACCUGCAGACGAUCCUGCUGCUAUAUCUGCCGCUGAUGUACGCGGCACUGCGGUAUGUGGACUGCACCGAUGUGGGCGGCGGGAUCGUGGUGAUGACGACCAACCCGCAACGGCGGUGCUACACAUCGUCAUGGUACACGCUGCUGCCACUGAUUCUGACUGUGGCGCUGAUUGUGGGAACGGCCAUUCCUGUGCUGCUGGGCAUGUUCCUGAAGCGCAAGCAGGCGGCGUUGGAUGAGGUGACGUUUGCGUCCAAGUACGCGUUCCUUGUGGCCAAGUAUCGGAGCGACCUGUUCUGGUACGAGCUCGUGAUUCUCGGGCGCAAGCUCGGGGUUGUGGUCUCUGUGUGCGCAUUCUCGUCGCCAACAGUCAAGGCGACGAUGGUCGCACUGAUGCUGCAGUGCGUACUGGCAUACUCGCUGCUUGGACGGCACUAUCCAUACGCUGAGCGACACCACAACAUGAUGGAUUUCUCAACGCUCUUCGGGUCUGUGGUGCUGCUGUGGGGCGGGACCAUCACGUCGUCGCGGGUUCUGCGCGACGGAGUUGUGAUCGCAGCGCUGGUGGCACUGCUGGGAAUUGUGUGCGUCGGAGUGGUCUACGAGCUGUGGCGGAUCAAGCAGCGCGACCAAGAGGAUGCCGAACUGGUCUUUGAGAACAUCGAGUUCGAAGGCGCCGGCAUGGAGUCCGGGGUCGAGAUGAUGACAGUCGGGCAUCAUGCAGCCGUAGACUUUGACAGCGGCGUGCUGGAGAGUGAGAAUGGGUUGAUGAUGAACCCGGUCUUUGGCUCAACCAAUCCUUCGUUCGGCUCGACGAAUGUGGACUUUGGCAUGACGCCGUACCGCGGUCUUGACUCUGUCGUCGACGAUGACGAGGCCAAGUCGAGCCUGGUAGAUGGGAGCACAGCGCAGUUUCUGGCCAUGCCAAUGAGCACGAUGGCGCCGACCUCUGCCUGCAACUCGCUCUCAUCGUGCUGCUUUGACUCGGUCGACACGAGCGUCUCGCCGCUGACCUCAAUUUCCCAGCCGCCGCCGAUGCCGCUGUCGAUGCCGCCGCCGCCUGAGAUGCCUCUGGUUCCGCCGAGGCCCCCGGGACCGCCACCGCAAGAUGUCCCGUCGUCAUCUUCAUCGUCGUGCGAUUCGUCGUCGUCGAUGUGAGAGAAACGUGUGUAAACCUUUUCGGUUCGGAAUGGACAGUUUGUCCAUCGCGCAAGCCGCGCUCCGCGACGCUUCGCAGACGUCGCAACGUCCAUCAAUCGCGGUACAAGAGUAGUACAAUGUGUUAAUGGCUGCCAC